CUAUCCACGUAGACGUAGCCGCGUUUAUCUUAUCGAAUGCAUAAAUGGAUAAGUGUAUGUAGCUGAUAAAAGGCGAACAAACCUGUGUGUUGUUUGUACAAACACAUAAAUCGUAAGACACAGAGUAUUGGCAUUACAUUAGAAUAUUGUUUUGAUUAUCAACGUACCUAUUACACUUUUCGUCGUCAUGUCUCAAGGUCCCGGGUUCGCUUCACCUCAAGAUGCAAUCAAAUUCGGCGAGAGGGAAAAGCUCCUGUAUACGAUAUGCAUCUGUCCAGAACCUUCGAAGAAUAAAAGACCCGAUUAUUUUGCUGUGAUUGACGUCGAUCCUCAGAGUCCAACUUAUAGCCAGGUAAUCCAUCGAGUCCACAUGCCAAAUAUCGCCGAUGAACUUCACCAUUUUGGAUACAAUGCAUGCAGCGGGUGUUAUGGGAUACCUGGAGCUAAACGAAGUCGUAUUGUAAUACCAGCCUUGAACAGUGAUCGAAUUUACUUCCUUAAUGCCGAAGACCCAAAGAAGCCUUAUAUUGAAAAGACAAUAGAACCGGAAGAAAUCCAUAAACUUGGAGUGACCGCAAUGCACACCACACAUUGUGCACCCACAGGUGACAUACUCAUUUCGGCAUUGGGCGAUAAAGAAGGUAACGGUUUAGGCGAGUUUGUGGUUAUCGAUGGUCAAACAUUGGAAUUAAAAGGCACUUGGACUAAGGGUAAAAAAGCCAAAUUCGGGUACGAUUUUUGGUACCAACCUUUCCACGAUGUUCUCAUAGCUUCGGAAUGGGGCGCUCCGAAAUCUUUCAGGAAAGGAUUGAAUAUCGACGACGCAGCCAAUCCAGAUCUCUAUGGUCAAUCUCUCAACGUGUAUUCUUGGUCAAAGCACACACUUGAACAAGUCAUCGAUUUAGGUAAAGAAGGAGGAGUCCCAUUGGAAAUAAGGUUCCUUCACAAUCCCAAAGCAGACCAAGGUUUUGUUGGUUGCGCUCUUCAGGGUAAAAUAUUCAGAUUCUUCCGCAAACCAGACGGAACCUGGGAUGCCGAAAAAGCCAUAGAUGUUCCUGUAAAAACUGUCGAAGGAUGGUUCACUCCAGAAUUUCCAGGUUUAAUUACUGAUAUACUUAUUUCGAUGGAUGACAAAUACUUGUACUUUUCCAACUGGUUACACGGAGAUAUCCGACAAUACGAUAUAACUGAUCCAAAAUCACCCAAACUAGUCGGCCAGAUAUUUUUAGGAGGUAAAUUACAAAAAGAUUCCAAUCUCAAGUUACUCGAAGAUCCAGAAAAUCACGGUUUACAUGAUCCGGUUUAUGUGAAAGGUCGAAGAUUACAUGCAGCACCUCAAAUGUUCCAGUUGAGUUUGGAUGGUAAAAGAAUGUAUGUGACCACAUCAUUGUUCAGUCCAUGGGAUGAGGCGAUUUAUCCGGAGUCAUUAGUACAAGGCGCCACCAUGGUUAAAAUAGACGUCAACACUGAAACUGGAGGAUUGACGUUAGAUCCAGACUUCCUAAUUGAUUUCGGUAAAGAACCCGAUGGUCCUGCAUUGGCUCAUGAAAUUAGAUAUCCUGGGGGAGACUGCACUUCUGACAUAUUUAUGGCCGAUCAGGGUAUUCAGGCUGACCAAUGUUGCUGCCGGAAAUGAAAAACAUUUCUAUUUUUAACGUUCUUUUGUGCCAUUUUACGUACACCUAAGCGCCAUGUUACUACAUAUUAUCAUCCCUUACAUUGUAUUCGUAUGUAAUAUAUUAUUUAUGCAAUAA